UUUACGUCAAUUCGAGCAACAAGCGAACCAUCAAAUGACAAUGUAACAAGUCAUUUUUUGUAUUUUAAAACAUUUUUUUUUCACCGAUUUUUUUAAACCCCAUCGCCCCGAACAAAUGGACCGCAGGAAACCAUCGCCCCUCAUCAACGUCGACUCGCUAUGGUGCAUCUACGUCUGCGGCGCGGUCGCCGCCUGCAACGCCGAGCUCUACACGUUCCCCUUCGACCUGGUGAAAACCCGCCUCCAGAUCCAGGGCGCCCAGGCGGACAAGAGCGGCGCCGGCCCGCGCGGCGGCAUGCUCAGCACCGGCCUCCAGGUGGUCAAAAACGAGGGCUUCCUGGCCCUGUGGAACGGCAUCAGCGGCAUGUGGCUCCGGCACAGCAUCUACUCCGGCAUGCGCAUCGUCGUCUACACCAAGUCCAAGGAGUACCUGCAGAGCCGCUCGCCCGGCCGGCCGCUGCCCGUCUGGCAGCUGAUGCUCUGCGGCGUCGCCUGCGGCUUCAUCUCGCAGUUCGUCGCCAGCCCGAGCGAUCUGAUCAAGGUGCAGCUGCAGAUGGAGGGCCGCCGGAAGCUGAUGGGGCUGCCGCCGCGGGUGCACGGCAUCCGCGACGCCAUCGUGAAGCUGUACAGCACCGGGGGGAUACGGGGCAUGUGGACGGGGUGGGAGCCCAACUGCGCUAGGGCUGUGUUGGUGAACGUGGGGAAUUUCACCGUGUACGACGUGAGUAAGAAACUAAUUUUAGAUAACACCGGUCUGCCGGAUAAGAUACUGGUGCACAGCUUGGCCAGCAGCAUGGCGGGAUUGAUGGCUACUAUUCUAUCCACUCCUGCGGACGUGAUUAAGAGCAGGGUGAUGAAUCAGCCGGUGGAUAAGAGCGGUAGGGGCGAGCUUUACUCGGGAGCUUGGGAUUGCGCCGUGAAAACCGUGAGUCAGGAAGGACCUUUCGCGCUCUAUAAAGGCUUCCUGCCCAGUUGGUUAAGAUUGGGUCCUUGGGCUGUAGUUUACUGGAUUACUUACGAAAAUAUACGAAUAAUAAUUGGAGGGAAAACACUGUCGUGACAAAUAUGUUUGUAAAUAUAGCUUAAAUUACUAG